GAGGUCCAGGAGGGUUGAGAGGCAUGGGGACACGUGGCUGGGUAUGGGGACAGAUGGAUGUGGGGACACGGUGACUCCUGGACCUGAAUGGGGACACCUGGCUGUGCAUGGCAACAAUCGGGACAGCGGGGCAUGGGGACACCUGGCUGGGAAUGGGGACAGAUGGGCAGGGGGACACGGUGUCUCCUGUCUGGGCGGGGAGGAGCAUGGGGCCAUGUGGUCUCCGCUGGGGCCAUGGAGCCCUGAGCAGCUGCGGGGACACUUGAGCAGGCAUGGGGACACACCUGUGAGGGCAGGGGCCAUGGUUAAUGCGGUGACUCCGCCGAGGCAGGAGACAGCAUGGGAACAUGAGCACGGGCAGUGGGGGGACGCAGGUCCCUCCAGCAGGGACACACCGGUGUGUGGCUGGAGCCACCUUAAGGUGUCAGUGCGGGGGAGGGACAGACGGGCUGCGGGGGAGGGCAGUGUCCUGGUCCUGUGCAGCUCCCAUGUUCCCGUUCCUGUCCCGCUGCGACAUGGCCCUGCGGAGGGUGCUGGCGCUGGGGGCAGCCCUGGGGCGCCGCCGCUGCUGCUCCAAGCCCUCGCUGUCCCCUGACUUCGUGGAGGCCCUGAGGGCCGUGGUUGGGGCCCCCAAUGUCUCCACGGCCACAGCAGUGCGGGAGCAGCACGGCCACGAUGAGUCCAUGCACCCCUGUGCCCCCCCGGACGUCGUGGUGUGGCCCCAGGCAGUGGGGCAGGUGCAGGAGCUGGCAGCCCUCUGUCACCGCUGCCGUGUGCCCAUGGUGCCCUUUGGCACGGGAACCGGCCUGGAAGGAGGCGUCAAUGCUGUGCAGGGCGGCGUCUGCUUUGACCUGAGCCGCAUGGACGCAAUCGCAGAGCUGAGCCUCGAGGACUUCUCGGUGACAGUGGAGCCUGGAGUCACCCGCAAGGCCCUCAACAAGCACCUGCGUGGCACCGGGCUCUGGUUUCCUGUUGACCCUGGGGCGGACGCGUCUCUAUGUGGCAUGGCAGCCACGGGUGCAUCAGGCACCAACGCGGUGCGCUAUGGCACCAUGCGCCCCAACGUGCUCAACCUGCGCGUGGUUCUGCCGGACGGGCGCCUGCUCCACACCGCUGGUCCCAGGCGCCAGCCCAGGAAGCGGGCGGCUGGCUACGACCUGACCUCGCUCUUCGUGGGCUCCGAGGGCACUCUGGGCUUCCUGACUCAGGCCACGCUGCGCCUGCACCCCUUGCCCGAGGCCACUGCUGUCACCGUCGCCUCCUUCCCCAGCGUGGGGGCGGCUGUGGCUUGCACUGUCCAGGUGCUGCAGGCUGCCGUGCCUGUGGCCCGCAUUGAGUUCCUGGAUGAGGUGAUGGCGGAUGCCUGUGGCCGCUUCAGUCAGAUGGAGCUCCCAGCGGCAGCCACGCUCCUCCUGGAGCUUCAUGGCUCCCGGCGUAGCCUGGCUGAGCAGCAGCAGCAGAUGGAGGAGAUUGUGCAACAGAACAGCGGCUCCAGCCUGGCCUGGGCGGAGGGGCUGGACGAGCGCGAGCAGCUCUGGUCCAUGCGCCACAAUGCCUGGUACGCUGCCCUGGCGCUGCGGCCCGGCUGCCAGGUGAGGCACAAGGAUGGGGAUAGUGGUGACAGCACCCCUGGUGCUGCAAGUGCCACAGGUCUGCCCUCCCUGGCCCAGGGCUACUCCACGGACGUCUGUGUGCCCAUUUCCCGCCUGCCUGACGUGGUGGUGGAGACCAAGCAGGACCUGCAGGCUUCCGGCCUCACUGGACCCAUGGUGGGACACGUGGGCGAUGGCAACUUCCACUGCAUCCUCGUCUUCAACUCCCAGGACCCGGACGAGGCCCAGCGCAUCCACGCCUUCACUCAGCGCCUGGGCAGGCGGGCACUGGCAGCAGGGGGCACCUGCACCGGGGAGCACGGUGUGGGGCUGGGCAAGCGGGCACUGCUGCAGGAGGAGCUGGGCCAGGAGGGCCUGGACACCCUGCGCUCCAUCAAGGCUGCACUCGACCCCCACAACCUCAUGAACCCUGGCAAGGUGCUCUGAGGGGGAGCACCAGCGCUGAGCUGGCGGUGGGGAGCCUCAGCCCCCUGAGUUGGGGCCAGGGUGACCACGCUGCCCUACAGUGUCACUGUUUGUGUACCUACAAAUCCCCCCAUCACCACUUCUGGAGGUCAGGGAUCCUCAAACCCCCAAUAAACCCUUUGGACUCGCA